AUGACCUUCUUUGAUUUGCUCUUUGUUCGUCGUCGGCGUACUAUUCGAGCCCCGUUGCCUGAUGAUCCGUCCCCUUCGGCAGAAAACCGCAAACCUUACUUAUUUACCCAACGGGAAUCUAGCUGUUUUGGUAGGAUCAUCCUUGAUGCCUUUGCUGCACUUUCAUUUGUUUUCCAAUUCCUCGGAAAUCAGGCCUAUUUAAGCCACACUUCCAGUGCAACAGGCAAACAGGACGGUUUUUUCGAAGCACUCAGCCGAGGUCUACGAGAUUUUGAGGUGCUAAUAAUGUGA